CGGCGUGAGAGGUGCGUGAGGUCCUUUGUUAAAGUCUUUUGUUUGAAAUUUUCUCAAGCUAAAUCUUUCUCUUAUUUUCUUAAACUCAUGCGCAUUUUUCCCGUGAUUAUUACAUAGAUUAGAUAAGGCGAAGGGAAAGGAUGGCUCAGGUGUCACAGCUAGUGCAGGAUGCGCUAACCCGCAAAUCAGCUGACCAGACCAAGACUUCGGCCAAGAGAUGGUCGGCAGUUUUGUUUUUGUUCGUGGCCAUUCUCUUCCAUCUCUUGAAAGAAGAAAAUGAACAUUAUAACUGCAGCAGCAAGACAUGGUGGUGGACUUGCCUCUUCUUAUGUGUAGCUGCAUUUGUUGUGUUGCUGAAGCUUAUAAUGUCAUACGUUGCAAGCUAUCUGAAGCUCUCGCCAAUUGAAGUCACUGACAAACAGAGAUCUCUGCUUGCCAUUGGAGAAACAGAUCUUGGGUUUAAACCAGCAACACCCAAGAAAGCAAGCUCAACUCCAGUCGUAGACAAAUCCAUAUCCUUAUCAUCGUUAUUUGGAGCUACACUGCGCACUCCCACCCCUAUGAGUCCUCCUGGGGCAGUGACACCUGUGAACCUGACAGGCGGUUCGUGGGGGAAUCUCUCCUCACGCAGUUUGUCACCAUCACUGCAGACCCCUGGUUCCUCACCCACCAGUCCAGCUAUCAACUUCAGCAUGUCAGGCAGCAGCUCAGGGUCUGUCACAGCAAAUUCGUGGGCUUUCCACUGCAAUCAGUCUUCCAUCCUUGACUCUUCCUAUAAUGUCUUGGCUAGCCCACAGCAUCACAUGUUUUCGCCAUCACAACUCUCAGAUUCCCUGGUUGGUAACCGGCUAGGUGGGGGUGCCAGCAGUCCACCAUCACCCUCCAUGUAUGGCCCCCCUAUCACUGAUAAUGCAGAACUCCAGGACUACUUGCAGCAAUACAAAGAGAAGGAAAAGUUGAGGCAGAUUAUGUCACAGUCAGAGAGCAGCAAUGGCAUGAACAGUUCCCUGUGGGCUUAUGGUGGUUCUCCAUUGUCACAGCUGUCAGAUUACAGCAACCUCCUCCGCAAAAACAUCUAUCAGGCUGCCACCAAAGAUACAGGACUGGAGACUAAUUCUACUGAUAGUAAGAAUGAUGAUUCCAAGGCAUCAACACUUUGCAGUAGUAGUGUUAGCAAAAUAUGGCGGAAAAGAAAUGUUACACCUGAGGAGCUGUUCCAGUUUACUGAAAAUCUACGUAUCUGGAUGUCGGCAAAUCUUCUAGUUCCACUUGUAAAAGAUAUUGACAGUACCAAUAAGGCCUUGAGUGCUGCAGCUCCAGAGAUACAGAUUGGGUGUGUUGGUGUCGAUAAACUGAAGAAGACAGCACAGAACAUUUCAGGAGUAAAACAACUGUCAGAUCUGAUCCCCUUCCUGGAUAUGACAAUUCAUCAGGAUUACCUGGUACACCGGCUGCGGCAGCUCAGUUCAGGAGGUGCUAUAUCAGCAUAUCGUUGGAAUGGAGGCAGCAGUAACUUCAAUGGAAAGCCUUGGAAAGAUGAAUAUCCGACAGAUACUGCUAUCCUUCUGCAUGUUUUUGCCAUGUACAUGGACAGACAGCUUCCCCCAGACAUCCAGCAGCCAGAGGGAAGGAUGUUUUCCAGCACACACUUGAUCAAGGCACCUGAAAAGCCAGCCAAGCCUACUACAAGGCCUCUUCUAUAUCUCACUCAGGUAAAUCCCCCCCACCUGAAGGUAGUUCUCCCGCCUGAUGAGGAGUGUGAAGUCGGCAGUGGCAGAAAUAACUUAAUCCACGCCCUCCUCCUGUUCAUUCAUCAUGUGACACAUCAACAACACUCGCGCAUCGCCAACAUCAACCUCACUAUGUCUGGAGUAAACCUGACUUGGGUGGUGAGGAAGAGCUGAAAAUAGGGUGCUAUAGUUAUCAAUGUAAAAACUUUUUAUUUUAGAUGCUAUUGUUCACAGCAGUAUUAUUGACUAUGGAAUUUAGACAAUUCUUGUAUUGACAGUGAAGUGACCUUUACCAUUUGAUCCUCUUUGUUUUAUGAUUACCUUUUAUUACUAAUUUCUCUGCAUCUCAUUUGUUGUUGUUGUGAAAGCUAUUAAUGCCAAAGUAGAUUAUAAGAACCAUUGUGUAAAAUGUCUUGUUUGUAUUAUGGUUGAAGUUGAUGAUUUCAUUUAUUUCAGUGUUGCAUUUUUUUGCCUAAACAGUGUUAAAAGUGAAAAUCAUGAAAUGGCAUAUACAAACUGUUUUACAGUGUUCAGGGCUGGGCUGAGCUUUUUUUUCAUGUGUUUCUAGAUUUGGAAAAAUGGUCUGAUGUGAGGUUAUGUACUUACAGAAUUACUAAUUGUGUAAGAGACUUUAUAGAGACCCAGUGUAGAAAUCUAUCCCCAUUUGAAUGAUACAUUUGUGUGUACGGAGUGAUUGCUUGUAUGGAAGGUAUGGUUGUCUGUUGCGUUUGAUCCAUCUCUUUGUAUAUUACAUGUGUAUAUCAUCUGUGUGGAUGCUUUUGUAUAUGUACAUAAUCUUUGCAUUUACUUACUUAUGAAUAAAUAAGCAAACAACUGAAUGAGUCAUGUAUUGUGUGUACAUAUUUUCACUACUUUUAUGUGACUGUGACAUUUAAAAAUAAAAAAAGUUAGUUA